AUGAGAGCUUCUCCGGCAGCAAUACUCUCAUCACUCUCCUUACCUUUUGCUUCAACCAAAACUCGUUUCUCCGGAGAACCUCUUCGAUUCAAACAACAUGUUUCGAACACUCAAAUCUUCUCACGACCACUACGUCUCCUCUCGAAGCAACGAUGGAGCUUCUCCUGCAAAUGCCGAAACAGAGGAAGAAACAGUCACGCGAAAUUCGAUGAUGAAGGAGAAGACUUUAUAGUGGUCAACUUCUAUCGCUUUGUAUCAAUCCAAGAUCCUGAGGCUGAGAUUGCAAAGCACCUCUCUUUCUUACAGGAUUUGAAUAUACGUGGUCGGAUAUAUCUUAAUGAACAAGGAAUCAACGCACAGUACAGUGGACCAUCUAAAGACGCUCUUGCAUAUGUUGAAUGGUUGAAAGAAGAUGAGAGAUUCUCGGAUAUACUUGUCCAGAUGUCUCCUGCUAACGGUAGGCAUGCAUUCCCUAAGUUGAAGCUACAGAACAAACCUUCCUUAGUACAGUAUGAGGGAGGGAUUUCACACCUUCCUCUACUUGAUCCACCGAUGCGAGCAAAACCCUUAGAACCAUCUGAAUGGAAAGAGAAACUGAAAGACUUAACGGAUGACGGUGAAGCUUCAUCUUCGGAUAGUGGCAGAAGCUGCAUAUUAUUGGAUGUCAGAAACGCAGGUUAUGAGUGGGAUGUUGGUCACUUUCGUGGGGCACGUAGACCUGAAGUUGAUUGUUUCCGGAACACUUCUUUUGGACUAUCUGAUGAAAAGGAAGCUCCUUCAGACCCUUUGAUAAAUGUUGACAAGGAAAAGACAGAUAUACUAAUGUACUGCACUGGAGGAAUACGUUGCGAUGUAUAUUCAACAGUUCUGAGACAGCGGGGUUUCAAGAACCUGUAUACACUGAAGGGUGGAGUUUCGCAUUAUCUUGAGGAAGAAGGCACAUCUGAAUGGGUUGGGAAUCUUUUUGUGUUUGACUCUCGUCUCUCUCUCCCACCUGCUGCCUAUAGUAGUAACAGCGCCUUGGAUGAAACCAGAAUAACUCCACAAACGCCUGUGGAUACAAGUUUUGCAAGAUGCUAUAUUUGUGAUUCACAAGUUCAGGAACUAAGACAUCGGAACUGUGCUAACCUUGACUGCAAUCUGCUUUUCUUGUGA